AUGGCGGGGCACCUGGGCCGUGAACUGGGCCGCCCAUACCCUUUUCCCAUCCAGGGCCUUCACCUCAGCAACAUCCCUGCAGUUCCUCACCACGAAGCACCCGGGACCUUCUUGCCCGAAGCCUUUAAUGGAGCGACUCCAGGGCAGGCCUUCGGGUUCAAGCCUGACUAUGGGACGCAGGGAGGGGUGAUGGAAGCCCACCCCGGCGGUGGCGAGGCCCCCCGAGCCUGGUACUCCUUUCCUGCCGGGGGGGACGCCUGGAGCCACCAUCCUGGGGUGGUGAUGGGGCCCUACGCAGUCCCUCCUGGGGAGGCCUGCCCAGGCCCCAAGCCGGAGAUCAAGGUGGAGCGAGACUUCGACCCGCCCGGGCCCUACUACGGCCCUCCCUGGGCGGCCGGCUGCUACCUGCCUCCCCCCGCGGCCCGAGCGGCACCUGGCAACAGCAAGGAGGCCGGCUCGCCCGGCCACGAGCCCCAGCCGUCCGGCAGCCCGGCCAGCCAGCUGGAGGAGAUGGGCAGCGCCGAGAGCAGCCCCCCCAGCCCCCCCAGCGAUGGCAGCCGGAGCCCGGGGGGGCAGGCGGCCGCCGGGGAGGGCAAGGAAGGCGGCAGUGGCGACGAGGAAACCACCACCACGGAGGAGCUGGAACAGUUUGCCAAGGAGCUGAAGCACAAACGGAUCACACUGGGCUUUACUCAGGCAGAUGUGGGACUGGCCCUGGGUAUGCUGUACGGGAAGAUGUUCAGCCAGACCACCAUCUGCCGCUUCGAAGCCCUGCAGCUCAGCUUCAAGAACAUGUGCAAGCUGAAGCCGCUUCUCCAGCGCUGGCUUGAAGAGGCAGACAGCAACGAGAACCUGCAGGAGCAACUCUGCUCCAUGGAGACGGCUAUGAUCCAGGCUCGGAAACGCAAGCGCACCAGCAUUGAGAACAACGUGCGGGGCUCGCUCGAGUCUUACUUCCUGCGCUGCCCCAAGCCCAACCUGCAGGAGAUCUCUCAGAUUGCUGAGGACCUUAGCCUGGACAAGGAUGUCGUCCGUGUCUGGUUCUGCAAUCGUCGCCAGAAGGGCAAGCGCAACGUAGGAGCUGGCGCUCGGGAUGACUGCGAUGGCCCUGCGCUACCAGCGCACUUCUCCCAUGGCUCCCUCCAAGCCCCGCCACCCGGGCUCAGUGCUGCCCACCACCAGCUACCCCCGGCGCCCCAGGGCUACAAUACAGCUGCCUUCGCCACUCUUUACCUGCCCCAGUUUCAUGACGGGGACUCCUUUGUCCCUUCCACAUCCAGCUCUGCCGUCAUGGGCCACCCUAUGCAUUCAAGCUGAAGUGCCCUUUAAGCAAGCCUCUCCCACAUCUUUAAUCAAGAGGACAUCCUCCAGCCACCUUCUGCUUCUUAACUUCCUUUUUCUUUAAUCAGGGUAAUCUUUAGGAAGGGGAGAGGGUCUUGUAUGUGUCCUCUCCUUGCUUUUUAAAUCAGGGAUGCCGGUUUUCUGUGAUACUCCACUUCUGAUUAUGAUUUUCAUUGUGAUUCUUACAACUGGGCUUUUCCUAUAUUGGGCUUUUCCUUCUAAGAGCCACUGUCAUUUUUAAAAAAUAUUCCUCGGGGCACAGACCUCAUUAACUCCCAGCUGGAGGGCAUAGGACUUUGUUUCCUAGAGCCAUUGACACCUGCUGAUAUCUCCAUCACAGGAGCAAAUCUGUAAUCUGUGAGGAAAUUGCAAUUCAGACACGUUUCUCCUGUCCUGUCCAAGAAUGAAAGCACCAAGAGUCUCCAGGAGCCUAAGCAUAAUCUGGCUCGAACACAUUUUAAGUAUCAGUCUCCAACGGGCAUGGGAAAUUUUUUAGCUUUUUUUUAGUACAUGUAAAACAGAUAAGUUGAGAAUAGGAAGUGCAACCAAUGUGUGCUGCCUUUGAAGACACACCAGCUGGGACAGAAUCUAUGGAUUCAUGUCGUCCUUCCUUUCUGCUAAAUAUUGCCAAUUGAUCUAUGUAACAAGAGGGCAGGUCUUCUGGUCUUUUGGACUUUCAGCUCCCAGCAUUCCCAACCCUUGACCAGACUACAAGUGGCUUCUGGGAGUUGAAGUCCCAAACAUCUGCCUUCUUCCCACACCUAGUCUAGAAUAUCUGCAUGGCUUCCUAAAAAUAUGAUGCAGGGUAUUUAAAGCAGUGUCUUCCUCCAUUGGUUUAGGCUUUUAAAAAUCCCUUUUUAACGUGCCACACUGAACAGUUGUUGCAGGCAUCUGAAACAAUGCUUUUAAGAGAAAUUUUAAAUUCAGCAGGAUCUCCUCUUUACUCCCUUCCCCACUUCUUUGACUUGAAUACCUACCUAUCGGUAUUAACUAUUGUUUCUAGUGUGGGAGAGGAAUGGUGGUUGUAAUGUGUUUUUUUAAAAUCAUAAUUAUUUGGUCUCUGUAUUUGAUUUAAGUUUCAUAAUGUGCUCUUGGCACUCUUAGUUGUAUGCAUGACAUUUCUCAUAAGAGACCCCUAUUAAAAUUUGCUAACCAUA